GAAAAUAUCUGGGCGAGUUCUUUUUACGUGUGGCGCACGUGUGCUUUCUUUUCUCCCAACUACGAAGUCUGCCUUACAGCUGUAUCAGUGAUAUUCACGAUUUCACUUGAUCACUCAACUUCAAAAACGGCAUAAUACCGUCUCCCUUGCCUCGAUCCUUGGUUUGAGCUUUUUAAUUUUCUGUUGAUACAUACUUGGACGAUUACAUGUCUCUUAUACGCAAAGAAUCAGCGGAACAGAGCGAAUCCAAUAAGCAGUUGCAACUUUCUGGGGUUGCCGAUAAAACCUCAUCUCGACCAGAAAAUGUCAUUGAAGAAGAUGCUUAUGUUGAUUCAGUAUCUAAUAUUCUGAAGCGAGAUUACUUUCCGGACUUGGUGAUUUUGGAAUGUCAAGGAGCUUUGCUCGACGCCCUAUCUACUGGCGAUGACUUCCGUGCGACAAGAUUGAAGAAACGGCUGGAGCGCCUCGAGGCUCCUGAUGGAGUCAGAAAAGAGUUCAACCGGCAGCUGAAGAAGCGGAAGCGGCUGCAGGCUGUUUGCGAGAAAGAGAGAUAUAUGCGACAUCUCACACCGAAAAAUUCACACCUGCUAAGCCCGCGGGCAGAUACUCCGCGAUUCAACGAAAGUGGGUUAGAUGCCAAGCUUGACUUCGACUCAGCUGAAGAUGAUUCCGAGCUUGAGGAGGAUGAUAUGGGUGAAGACACCGAACCUUCCGAUCGUCUCGAUUCCAAUGGUGAAGCGAGCGGUGACGCGAGAUUAAAUAUAUCAGAUCUAUCGCUCUCAUUGGACCAGUUUCAGAAAAAAUAUACCUCUGAGGACAAUGAAUCAUUCCAACACCUACUAGAAAGUCGAAAUAAGUUGAAUCGAGAGAAAUAUCACUGGCAGUGGAAUGGCAAUAAGAUUGCCGGCGCAAGAAGUACAGCCUAUCUGGAAAAUGGGCCAGCGUCUGCGGAUGCCUCGAUACAUGAGAGAAGCAUCACUAUGGCCGAUAAUCGUCCAAAUGCACCGAUGAUCAAAUAUUCUGGCGCCCGAAACGACCUAUUGUUUAUACCGGCUACUGGACAUCUUUCUCAAACCGCCCUAACAGCAGCUGCACACAAAAAGAUCAAAACAGUGAACACCCGGUUUGACUCAGAGGUUUCUACCGAUACAGGAUAUUCAAAUGCGAUUGAGCGGAUAUCUUCUCCGAGCGUAUCUAUCAGUUCCAUGAACAGCUCACCAAACGUCCGAGGAUAUUCUUUUGUUGCUGGUGCGGCAUCGCCGUCACCAUCAGAGUUAGGUGCUCCGCCGAUGACCUGGGGUAGCGUGCCGUCAACACCUAUCCGCUCACAAUUCAGACUAGCGGAAACACCUCUGCGCGACGAAUUACAUCAGAGGCUUCUUGCCAAGAAGUCCAGGCGACCAACCACUGAAAGGAAAGGACCAAUAUUGCGCAACAGUUCGGAGUCAAUUCCAAAGUUUCAAAGUGGACGCAAUCUACAUCGUACGAUUCUGACGCCCGCUGGAGAAAGACUUCUUAGUAGCAUAUCCAGCUCUAGACGUCCUACGGACCACCAAGCGAGUCAUUCAUACGGAAAUUCAAAGGCCUACGAAUUGUCAGAUGUGGCGAAGAAAAGAGCCGUGGUGACUCCGAGCAUGACGAAGCAUGCUAGAGAAUCGUAGUCGAUUCUUCUACGGAGUAUUAGGAGCACACUUGUAUUUACCU